AAAGUCAAAACGAUUGUGUGUGGGGCCAAGGAAAAUAUCCAGAUAUGGUUGAACAGAAGGGUUUGGUCAACAUUAAACCUCCACGUGUCCUCCAGAUUAGAAAAUGCGCUAUUUGAGCUGAGCUUCCCGCCCUCAGCUAGCUACUGUAGCAGCCAGGCAGCAAUCUCGCUAUCAUUGAUUUGAUGCGGAAGGAAUGCUGACACAUUUCCACACUCAGCGAAGGGAUAGCGCGGCACGUCAACGCGUCAACUGUUGGACAGAGUGAAGCGUUAAAGUUAUCCCGCGGGACCCAGGGAUCGUUGUGGUGAAAAAACAAACAACUGACGCGGCAGUCAAGGGAGCUAAAUAUUUGGAUGAUAUGCCCUUUUCGAAAGGAGGAGGACGAGAACUCGAGCGUUUUGAUGGACUCUCGUUAAUUUACUGGACACUAAUGGGUCCGUAUGGGGUAGAUCGUGCUGUUCAUGAAAUAGAAUUUACUGACUGUGAGAAUGGACUGGGGAUCAAAGUCAUUGGAGGAGUGAAGGAGUUAACGGGAGAGGAGUUUGGAGUCUACGUCAAAAGGAUUUUACCUGGUGGCCUUGCUUCAAGUGAUGGACACCUCCAGGCAGGAGACCAGAUCUUGGAGGUGAACGGGGAGAGUUUGCUAGGGGUCACCAGUGAAAGAGCAGUAGACGUUCUGAGAUCAGCGUCCUCGAGCAAUCACAUGCGCCUUCUGAUCGCCAGAGACGAGGAAGCAAGGAGAGAGUUUUCAGAGCUUUUGGAGAAGUAUGGGUCCAGCAGUAGUACUGGGUCGACACGCAACUCUCCCAUCCAGCAUGGUAGGACCUCCCUCCUCCCUGUUUGUCCAAAUGCAGGCAGAUACCUGGACAGCACAUCGUCCGGGUCCUCGUCACGCUCCCAAAGUCCUUUGCUUUUGAGUCCUGCUGGCUCUCAGAGCACCUACAACAACCCUCUACUUCGCUCCCUCAGUCACCCAGGAGAGGGUGUGAUCCAGCUGAUCUCUGUAGCCCGCUCCUCUAGUCUGGGCAUCACCAUCGGAGGAGGCUCCAAUCGACCAGACGGCCCUGCAGUCUUCAUACAGGAGGUUCUGUCUGGGGGAGACUGCCACAGGGAUGGGCGCCUGAGGCCGGGGGAUCAGCUCAUUGCCAUCAACAAGGAGUCCUUGAUAGGCGGGACCCACGAGGAGGCUAAGAGCAUGAUCAACAAGGUCAAAUUCAGUCAAGAGGCGGUGGUGGAGGUCGCUUUCAUCCCUGGUAAAGGUCCAUUCCCCAACAGCGCGUCUCUACACAACGGUGGCCAGCGCGCCGUUGGCAACGGGUACAGCUCCGGACGCUUAAAAGUCCACGUCAGAUCACCAGAGAUUCGUACGGAGGAACCCGCCCCAGUGCCUUCUCCCUCCGCUGACAUCUGCCCUCCAGACAUACACAUUUCAGGCUCGGCCCCCACCCAGAGAGCGGUGUUGUCUGCAGCCAAACCCAAGAUCACCCUGGACCCUCACAUACGCCUCAAGUCAGACAAACUAGACCUGGCGUUGUCGUACCUGGGUCUGGACGUGACAGAGGAGAAGAGAAGGAAGCUGAGACAAAGUCUGACCACUGACCCGCAGGGAACCGUGUCCUACGGAGACUUUGUUGAGGCCACACGCAACGUCUACCAAGAGAAGCUGGAGGAGGCGGGACUAGGGCAGAAAGAGUUCAUGUUCUCCUAUCACGAAGCAGCUAGCUUGAUGGACACCUCCGCCUUCCACUCCCCGACCUUUGAAUCAGAAUGCUCCUACAGUAGUGAAGAACUGGAACACUUUCAGACGGAGGUGAAACAGCUGCAGAACCAGAUUAAACAACUCAAGUCAAGUCACAGUCAACCUGCUGGUUUUCCUACAAUACCCCAGGGCAGUCAACCUGCUGGUUUUCCUACACUACCCCAGGUCAGUCAACCUGCUGGUUUUCCUAAACUACCCCAUGUCAGUCAACCUGCUGGUUUUCCUACACUACCCCAGGGCAGUCAACCUGCUGGUUUUUCUACACUACCCCAGGGCAGUCAACCUGCUGGUUUUUCUAAACUACCCCAUGUCAGUCAACCUGCUGGUUUUCCUACACUACCCCAGGGCAGUCAACCUGCUGGUUUUCCUACACUACCCCAGGUCAGUCAAGCUGGUGGUUUUCCUACACUACCCCAGGUCUCCCUGAAGGAGACAGAGGACAGCAAGACGACCCUGGAGGAGGAGCUACACAGCACCUCAGAUAAAGCGUGUGCGACGGUGGAGGAGAACAGUCAUCUGAAGACUCGUCUGCAGAGCGAGAGACAUAGUAACAGUGCAGAGCAGGACUAUGAAGAGGUCAUUACACUGCUGGAGGCUGAGAUCAAAGACCUGAAGAACCAACUGGCGGGCAGGAAACAGAAGGGUCUGGAGGCUACUAAGGAGGAUGUGAUGGAGUUAAACAGGAAGUUGUCGAUGAUUGGCUGUCAGCUGAGGAAGUCUGAGCUGAGCAGAAGACACCUGGAGAUCUCCAACAAGAAACUACUGGGCUUCGCACAGAAUGUUCACAAAGUGCUCACCACCCCCAGCUUGUUUGGAAUGGAAAAUGGGGGUAACAGGACCUCUCCAGCCACAGACAGUCCAGAUACCCCCUCUCCCAUACUAGACCCAGCCUGCCAGCUAGCUGCAGAGGCCAGGGAGCUGGUGGAGGGGGUCAGAACCCUGAGCAGCACCGAUGAUACAGCCCCUCUCAGUGACUCAGAGGGGGGUGAACCACCUGACCCAGCCAUGGACCCUAACCGGGCCGCAGACCCUCACAGCUCGCCGGCUCAGACGUCUCCUACAGGAGUUCCAGCCAAAGACAAGCGCCACCAGUAGAGAACGUUUGGAGAACAUCAUAGAGAGCGUUUUUAGAGAACGUUGCAAGGACGUCAAAAGAACAACGUGGCUUGGCACUGGGCUCAGGAGAACACUGUGCUUGGCUGACUACCUUUACCUAAAAACUACCAACAACCCUUUAAAAGACAGACAGACAGACAGACAGACAGACAGACAGACAGACAGACAGACAGAGAGACAGACAAAUUGAGAGCGACAACCAGUGAAACUGUAUGUAGGAUGCUAUCCAGUGUUCGUUUAAAAAAUACUUACAACUCUUUAAAAAUAAUCGUUAGUUGAGGCUUCAGUCAGUGUUCUGGGAUUGCUUUACCGAUUAACCGCAAAAUGUACUAGUUUUUCUGUUUUCUAAUACAGCUGUAUGUGUACUUACAUUUCUGUGUUGAUAUUUUGCAUUUGUCAGAAUGUGAACGAAGGGGAGAUUCUCAACUGGGAGUGACUGGGAAGGAUAGCAGGUUUUGAGGUGAAAUGGCAGAGACUUGUAGAUGCAGUUCAGUUUUGUCCAAAGAGCUUACCGUAGUCGAUAAGACAGCACUGCAAAGUCAAGGUGCUACUGUUGGGUUUGUAGAUGUACAGACGUACAGCAUGAGCUAUGAUGACGAUGCACUGAACCUUUCCAUCCCUGUGUUCCAAUACUCUAUAAAAGCUUCCUUCUCUCAUCUCCUAUUUCCUUGUAUCCUAUUUCCUUGUAUCCUUCCUGACCACUGAAAUCUGUUGAGACUGGAUAGUUACAUUCAAUAUGCCGGUAUGGCAUUGACUGCUUGUCAAAUUGGUUCCAUCCAUUUAUUUUUGGAUCAGUGGUCCUUAAGGAUACGAAGAGAGAAGAAGACGUUAGUGUUCAUUAUCUUUCAGAGAUCAGAAAUGUGUAUUUUUGCUCACAACCCAGAGGUGAGGAGAGGAAGCCAGGCUAGGGUAUUUGAACCUGGCCCUAGCUGUCUCUAUAUCCACAGCUGUGAGGAGAGGAAGUCAGGCUAGGGUAUUGGAACCUAGCCCUAACAGUCUCUAUAGCCACAGCUGUGAGGAGAGGAAGCCAGGCUAGGGUAUUGGAACCUAGCCCUAACAGUCUCUAUAGCCACAGCUGUGAGGAGAGGAUGCCAGGCUAGGGUAUUGGAACCUAGCCCUAGUUGUCUCUACAGCUGUAUCGCCAUGGGUACAGUAAGUACUCUGUAUGUGUAUACUUCAGAGAGAGAGGAUAACAUGGACGAUGUGCCCUGAUCCAAAGCGUCUCAUCCUGAUGACAUCGUGUCACCAUGAUGAUGACCCUGUGUACAGAGACUGCUUGUCCCUAUACUGAAGUGCUCUGAUGAACUGUCUGUCGUUUUGAAGAUGAUUUUGGACUGGAGAUGGAUACCGAAGAAGAGGAAGAAGCUUUAGGACCUGAACGAGCAAUCAUGGCGACACCGAGACGUCUGCCUUUGCUGUUAUUAUAAAACCUUGUAAAUCUUGCUGAAAUAAAUAUUGCACUCUCCUUCGAUGUCCUUCUCCACGUCUUCUGACUGACACACACACACACACACACACACACACACACACACACACACACACACACACACACACACAAACGCACACAAACAAACAAACAAAUCCGAUGGACCAAGCCAGAGCCAGAGUAUUUCUGUGUCAAUUGUAGCUCGUUCAAGGUUUUGUCUAUGAGGAUUCCUUUCUUCCUUGCUGUUAAGUAUCGAACUGGACAAACUGUUGAGUUCUGUGAAUACUAACUACUCUGUCAUAUCACAUAUGUUCCAUAACUUCUGUUAGAACUGCAUCUCCAAAGCAACAGCUGUGUGGAAAUUCCAUUCCAUUCCAUAACCAUAACCCACAGCUUGUUGGCUUGUCCUCUGAGAUUGAGGUUACGUUACCAAGGCAAUAAGAAAAGAAUGGGAAAAACAACAACAAUGGCCUUUUAGCAGUGGCUGUGUCUCAAUAGUCGUAACUAGCUCCCUUUCCUUGUGUCCUUUCCUUGUGUCCUUUUCCUUCAUGACCAGUGAUAUGGAAAGGAAUGAUACUGUAGGUGAAAAAGCAAUAUGGUGGAAAGCUAUCCAAUCCUUUCACCUGUUAGAGGUACUGAAGGAAAUGAGAUGAGGAAAGGAGACCAGGAAAGGAAGCCAAUGAUGAGUAUUGAGACGCAACACAAGCAGUGUUUCUCAACUCAAAACACCAUCCAUAGCAUAAUCAUCAGUAUCAUACGAUCACUGCAUGGUUCUGGUUCUAAAAACCUGUCUUUCAAUAUCCAACUAUGGAAUCAAAUGUUUGGUUUCAGGAAUGUAGAGAAAUGCAAUAGCUAUUCCGUCUGUUUAAAUUACUAGGCUGUAUGAUAACGAUACCUGUGUGGAGGGAUAAAUGGGCUGCGUCCCAAUAAUCUCUCCUUUCUCCCGAAGUGAGCACUAUGGAUUUCAAAGGAAAUGACUGGAAUAUGGAAUUCCUUCUAGAGUCCAGCUCAUGCCAACACUAAUCCAAUGCUUUUAAAUUUGUGGGGGAGUAGUGAACAAGUGCACACUUCAGGAAGAAAGAGAGAUUAUUGGGACACAGCCAAUGAGAGAUGUACAACAGGAGGUCAUCUAACAUUUAUAAGACAUACCAUAGCAGGCUAAAUGUGUAAGAUUUAUUUUAUUUAAUAUUGUUAAAUGCACAUGCUUUUCAAAAAAUAACUGACAUGUAGUCCUGUAAUUGAACUAGAUUGCAUCUUAUGUGUGGCCUCUAACUUUCUUUUACUGUUUUUUAUUAAAGGA